AUGUAUGCAUUGAUAGAUCCAGGUUCUACUUUAUCAUACGUCACUCCUUUUAUUGUCGUUAGGUUUGGGAUAAAACCUGAGAAUAUUAGGCCUUUUGAGGUAUCUACACUUGUUGAAGACCCGGUGAUAGCUAGACCAGUUUACAGGAAUUGUGUAGUUAUAAUUUCCAAUCGACAUACCGUAGCAGACUUGAUUGAGUUGGAUAUGAUGGACUUUAAUGUUAUUAUGGACAAACUCUCAGUCCUUCCACCUGAACAAGAGAUUGAAUUUGCUAUCGAUGUUCUACCAGUUACUCAACCGAUAUCUAUUCCCCCUUAUAGGAUGGCCCCUGCUGAGCUGAAAGAAUUGAAGGAGCAACCCUUCUUAGAUCAGUUUGUGAUUGUGAUUCUUGAUGAUAUUAUAGUCUACUCUCAAUCAGAGGCAGAGCAUGCGGAUCAUUUGCUUGCUAUGCUCAGAGUUCUUCAGAAUCAGAAGUUGUAUGCAAAGUUCUCUAAAUACGAGUUCUAG